AUCUUGACUGAAUCAUGGAGGCAACAUUAAAACGCUUAUAUGUCGGUGGGAUUAGUCCAUUGGUCACCAAAGCAGAACUUGCAGACAGAUUUGGGAAAUUUGGAAAAAUCGAUGAUGUGGAGAUUGUAUACAGGAAGGAUGAUCAAGGAAACGCCAUAAAGACCUUUGCUUACCUGAAUGUCAACAUUUCAGAUGUGGACCUGAAAAAAUGCAUGUCUGUUCUGAACAAGACAAAGUGGAAGGGAGGAACAUUACAAAUUGAAAUAGCCAAGGAAAGCUUUUUACAUAGGCUUUCAGAAGAGAGACAAAAAGCCAAGGAGAAGGAAAAAGCCAAUGCACAACGAAGCUCAAAAAAUGACCUAGUGCUGUCUUUAGAGAAAGCCGGCGUUACAGAUUUCCAGAUGAAAACUGCUGUACCAGGCACUGAAGUGCCAAACCACAAGAAUUGGGUAGUGAGCAAAUUUGGAAGAGUCCUGCCUGUUUUAUAUUUAAAUGAAAAAAAGCAAAGCAAAAUCAAGAAAUAUGACCCCUCAAAAUAUUGUCAUAAUAUUAAAAAGGUAGACAACACUUUUGAGCUUGUACCCGUUUCCCAGUUAACUUGGCAGCUGGAAGGAGGAGAUGAUGAAAUCAGUAGAAAACGCAGAGGGGAGUUUCCAAAACUAACGCCGCCUCCAAAAAAGAAGCUUAAAAAUGUACCUAUAAAUGCUGCGAAUGAUACACAAACAGAUCAAAGAGUUCGUUUAGCAUCUAUACAAACAGAUGGAAGGCAGUCUGACACAAAAACAUGCCUUUAUAGCAAAAAACCUUUGCAUUUACAGAACAGAAGUACCAGCAGCAUGACUGAGGAGUAUGACUCGGAGGAUGAGCUCCAAUCUGUUCUUGAGAGAGAGAGGGCAGCUAGAACGAGUGUUAACUAUGUAGAAGAUUCUACUAUAGAGGUAGUAGCUGACUCUUUUGAGCUCAAUAACACAACACACAAAGCAAAACGGAAAGCUGCAGCAAAGAUGAAUUCUACCAGUGAUACCCUAGAUGACAGUGAGUAUGAUUCUGCUGAUACUGAUGAAAUAAUCACAAGUGCAAAGAAAGUCCAGAAAAGUUGUGAUAAUUUUAAAACAACCAAAGAUGAAACGAUAAGUGAAAAGUUUAAUCCAUUGAAAAUACAAGAGGGGACCACACAUGGCACAAGGGGCAAAUGCAAAUCCAAGGAUGGCAAGAUGAGUAAGCCAGAUUCAGACAGUGAUACUGGUGCCUCUGAAGACGACAGCAGCAGUUGUUACUCAGAUGAAGAAUAUAAAGCUAUGAUGCAGAACUGCUUUAAACUAAAUUUGACAAUGGGGGAUUUGGAAACACUAGCGAAAGAAGCUAAUGAAUUUGAAAAUGAUGAUGCUAAUGAUACAGUUGAGAAUGAUGGCGAAUAUGAUGACACUGAUGAUGAUAUAAAUGCAAAACAGGGUUAUGAUGAUGCUGAAAAUCCACCGGCUUUAGGAUGUGAAAAAUUACCUGCUCCAGAGAAGAAACAAAAGACAUCAACAGGUGUUAAGAAAAAAAUGAAAACUGAAAGCCUACAAAGAGUGUUGGAGUCAGACAGCAGUAAUUCUGAUUUUGAUGAACAUUAUGAGUCAUUAAAUAAAAACUGUAGUAGAGAGAAUGUAAAAAUUGAACCAAAAUCGCCUAGAGCAUCGCAGUCUCUUGUUAAUAACCAUGAACUGGAAAAAGGAGCUAAAGGUUUAAAAGGAGAAGCAAACAAGAGCAAAGAGGAUCCAAGAUCUGAACAUGUUAAGAAAAAUAAAAAGAGUGGCAUAGAACCAGAAGAUAUAGUAGCUUCCAUUUUAGAAGAGGACAGUAGCAGUAGUCGGCAAUCAAACCAAAAAAAGAACGAUGCUCAUGUGAAACUUCCAGAAUUUAAAGGCCUGAGUUCUGUGUUGGCUUCAGCUGCCACCAUAAAUUCACAAGCGCAGACUGCAACUGUUCCAAAGAUCAGCAGUGACUUAAAUGUAAGUAGUUAUGCUAGUAAACAAACAAAGAAAGCGGAUACACAAGAACCCUCCGGAGAUCUCAAACAGAUAAUUCUUAAGGAAAAAUCAAAAAAUAGAUGUGAUCAUAGUGAGGAGUGCAAGAGUGACUUAAACGCUACCUCAUCAUCAGCUCCCAAACCUGGUAUCUCUCAGAUUGGUAAAAAGAUGGAGCAGCCUCCAACAAAUGUAAAACAGCAGCAAGAUAAUGAAAAGCGUUUGGUAGCAAUGAUGGAGCGGAGAAAAGAGCGUGAACUACAGAAACAAAUUAUCCAAGGUGCUCUGUUGCAACUGGACUCCCGGUCUUCAAAAAAGCAUAUUGUGUUUGAAUCUGAGUCGGAAAGUGAAAAGGAAGAGAAAGCAAGUACCAGUGAAAUAAAAAGCAUGCAUGCUGACUAUAAAGAAAAACAAGACACUUCUAAGCUAUUCAGUAGCAGCGAAGAAGAUUCUGAUAAUGAAGACAAAGAAGAUACAAGAUUUGAAAUAAAGGCUCAAUAUGAAGGGAGGUCUGGUAUGAAGCUAAUGCAGUUGCAAUCACGCUUCGGAACAGAUGAGAGAUUCAAAAUGGACACCCGAUUUCUAGAGAGCAGCAGUGAGGAUGAAGAAUCCCUAGAGGCAAAUCAAUCAAAGGUAGAUGAGGAGCAUGACCUAUCUGCUGAAAAGAAGAAAAACCUUGGCAUCCUGCAAAGUAUCAUGAACAUUGAUGUGGAGCCAGAGUCUGCAAGCAAAAAGGCAGCUAAAGGCAAAAAAUUCAAAGAUCUGAAUGCCCUUCAUUAUGAUCCUGCAAAGGAGGACCAUGCAACAUUUGAAACAAAAGCAGAAGAUAAAAAAGAAAGGAAAUCUGAGAGAAAAAAGCGACUAGAAGCAGAAAAACUACCAGAUGUCUCCAAAGAAACCUUUCAUGAGGUAAUCAUGGACUUCAGAGAAGUGUUUGGAGCCUCAAAGACUCAAGACACAAAGGAGCCGAAGAUGACAUGGGACCAAGAGGUGGAGCUAGAGAAGAAGGAAACCGUUCUGUCCAUGUCAAAUGAGCUUUUUCCCUCCCAAAGCAAGAACACAGAGGAACCAGUGGAAUUCACAUUUUCAUUUUUUGGGACUACUUCUGAAGGGAGUACGCCUAAUAAUGAACCCUAUAAGACUGAGACAAUCAAACCAGCUAAAGUUGCAUGGCAGGAAGAUCCCAGAUUCCAAGACAGCAGCUCUGAAGAAGAAGAUGAUGAGGAUGCAACUGUAGCUACAGAAAACACGACAAGUCUUGUAACUCGACCAGAUGUAAGCACCGUUCGUUUUUUCUUCUUUGUGAAAGAUGAUCAACGGUUAAAAAUUGGUCCGACAAUGUUCUUACGGUCGUCCAAUACAGAGCAAGAAGAAGAGGCCUGGGAACAGAGAAAAGAUGUUCUUCUAGAGGAUUGCAGAAAGAGACACAAAGAUGCAAAGAGGAAAAUGAAAGCAAAGAAUUAAGACUGCAUCACUGGGAUUUACUAUCCACAUGUGUGCAUAGUAUCGCAAUACAGCCUUUAUAAGGACUGCACCAUUAUAAAAAUACUUCACCUUUGGGCUCUGUGUGAGUCAUGCAAAGCCUUUUAUAUUGCUUACUAUGGAAGAAAUGUAGUGUAU